ACUGGCAGGGAGCAGAGAACCCAGAGAUGAGUGCCUCCGUUUCCAUCACUGCCCUCGUUGCCUCUAACUCCGCUGCUGCUGCCGCCACCAGCACCCUCCACUGCAAAACUACUAGUUCCUCCACUAUCACCACCACUACUAGUACUGCAGCUAAACGAACAAUUUUCACCUCCACCUCCAAUUCCAAGCCUAAUUUUACUGCCUCCUCUUCCUCCUCCUCCCACUACCACCACCCUUUCAUACUGCGAGUAACAAAUGAUCCGACUAGUAGUAGGAGCACUAGUGAAUCAGAAUUGUCGACGACGGAUAAAAGAACAGAGGCUGAUAGGAUUGUUGAUGGAUUGAACUUUGGGGAGCUAUGCAAUGAGUUUGAGUGCAUUAGUAGCCCCUUGGUGGAGUCUACAGCUCGACAACUUGUACGCGAUAUCCUUGAGCUACGAGAAGGCAAUCGUGCCCUUGGAACCUUUGCUGUUUCUGUUAAAUACAAGGACCCAGUUAGAAGUUUUAGCGGACGUGACAAGUACAAGAGACCGCUAUGGAUAACCAGUGCACUAGAAAAUCCCUCUGUGAGUGUGCAAGAAAUGAGCAUGUUAUCGACGAGUGUCCUGAGUAUCAAGUGGACAAUCAAAGGGAAGGCGAAGAACAUUAUAGGAGGAGAUUUGAUCAUAAGAAUAAAUUCCCAGUUCACUUUAAACCAGAUAAGUGGCCAAGUCAUUGAACAUGAAGAGUUUUGGGAUUUAUCAGCUUCAUCAGCCAUUGCGAAAGCAUAUUUCUGGACAUCACGCCGUCUUUAUGCUACAAUCGAGGGUGGAAAAGACUUGGUUGAUCUUGCUAAAACCAUUUCCAGCAAGUUCCCUAGAGUAAAACAGAACAUGGAAAUUUAUCCAGACCCUUCCGGUGAUCCAACAAAGUUCUUUCAAAGGGAUGAUGGUUUCCAGAGAGAUGUAUACCAAAUUGGACUAUUUCUGGCACUAGUUUAUUUUGUUGUACAGCUUUUGAAGACAACCUUGUAAAGUGAUAUAGGCAUAACAUAUGUAAUAUAUUUGAAUAAGGUAAACUUUGCCUACUCCUCUAAUAAAGUUUUCGUUUUUUUAA